AUGGGACACCGUCGCUAUAGGUCCAAAGCGAGCGCUUGUGAAAAGGCUCCAACCCUUUCGACUUCCCAAGAGGGUAGAAUAAAGGGUGGAGGUCAACCUCACCCAAGAUGUCGAUAUGCGAUCGGGAGUAAGGACACGAGAGGGGGCAUGAGAAUGCGAAGAGGAUGGUUCGCAGUCCCGUUAGUCAAGUCCUCCUCCGUGCAGCGGGCGGAGGCUCUGGUAGUGUUGGCGGAACUGGGAGAAAGAGAAGAGUAG